AAGCAAGACUACGCCUUAGCUCUACAAAGACUUUACAUGACUUUAAUUCGAACGUCACGGUAAUUAAUACUGCAGCGGUCACAGUACCACUGAGUAGUACUAAUGGCGCAAAUGCCUCACUAAACUAAUCAUCGCACAGACUCCGUAUACUCCAAUUGUCCGUAUGGUUUGCUCCAAUAUAAGGUCUCCCCGAGUUGACUCUAUUCUUGUCGUUAUCGUCCUCGUAACGACACCAAAAACCCCCACCUUACAGUAAGCCUAACAUGAGUCAGUGGCCAUCUCUUCUAGCAGGGUAUGAGGGUGCAGAACCUCUUCCAACCACCUUCAAUCCCGACGGAAAAUCUCUUUACAACCUACCUGGUCUCCGUUCGGCUGCCUACGACGAAUUCCCGAAGCAAUUUAAUCCGUCUAAGAAUGGGUUUGACUUCCACAUCUAUCAUAUGCCCGCCGUCGCUGCUCAGGCGCAGUAUGCGAAAGAACUAUACGAGCGUGUAAGGAGGGAAUUUCCAGAGUUACGUAUACAUAAGUUCUGGGAUGAACCAUACGGCCCCCACCCUACUGCCAUGUUCGAGGUAGAUACAUUCAAUCCCCACCAGACUGGAGCAUUCUUUUCCUGGCUUGUUGUCCAUCGGGGGCCUUGCGACGUCCUCGUCCACCCGAACACUGGCGAUGUACUCAGAGAUCAUAAAGAGUUGGCAACAUGGAUUGGAAGGAGAUGGCCAUUGUAUGAGGAAUGUCUUGUAUGACCCACUCGUUCGAGUUGAAGACAUACUUGGAUUCGGAGCGUUCCUUUAGUACGAAGAUUUUCUAUCCUUUGUGGCAUCAGUCUCACAGAAACUCGGCAUGAUUCAUUCAUGUAGUAUACCACGGCUUGUCUUCCAUUUUAGCUGAUGCAUUCACGAUUGGUCAAACCAGUUUGUCUCUAUUCAGAUAUCUGAUCUGGUGUCAUGUUGGCA